GGAUCUAGCUCGCGGAGGAAAAAAAAAAAGGGAAAAAAGCGACAAUAAUAUGAGUUUUUGUCACGCGUCCUCAUCCUCUUCAUCCUCGAUUGGCGUCGCGGCCUCACGCAUGCGUCGGAAAUGUAUUUCAUUCGCCAGAGCGCACGUUCGCACAGAGCGGGCGGAGGGGUGGACACUUGGUUGCAUGAAUACUCUAAGCGCACCGGCAACAAAAUCAUUUCUGCUAGUCGCGAAAUAAUGCUCAGGGAGGAGACGCUCGUACCCGACCGCCGGCGCUCAUAUUAUUUCUGACUAGAAAAAAAAGUGCUUUCGCCUGCGAACCCCGUCAUGAGCCGCCGGUCACCAGCGAGACGAUCGAUACGGGCGGUGGAAAGGGGUGGCCACGGCCUGCGAGGGUGACUGCAACGUGACGUGUACGUCAUAUAUUAACACAGUUCGACGGUAUAACCCUUCCUCCCCGACGAAAAUAAUUCCCGCGGAAGUGUCGCCGCGUGUUAAAUAAUUACGGCCAACAAUUAUGUCCUGUCAAUUAACUGAUAACGUCAAACUGAUCUGGCGAUAUUAUUUCGUGUAGCAGCCGGCAGUCCCGCCGGUGUGUCAGAGAAUACACGCCUAUGCUGGUGCACGAGGGGUUCUUACACGCGCGUCCCGCGCUGUACGACUCGAGUAUAACGCGUAUUCAAACGAGUUUAAUCAGCUUAUCUUGAGAAAAACAGCGGCGUCUUCAUUUUUCAAUGCGACUAUUUGGAUACCGCAGUGCCAGAUGAAGGAACGGCUGGUGCGAAACGCGCUCCCGUUCCGGACGAAAGACUCGGAACGCGCGACGGAAUUCGCUCUUCGUCGGAGUACUUCAUUAACCGAUUUAAUUUCUUCCCGUCGCGUGCAACACAGCGUGCGAGCGUGACAUAAUGUGAACAAACAAACAAAAACGAACAAAAAAAAACGGACGCACAGCAAAUCCGUCCUGAAGAAAAAGUUAAUUCGCGCGUCGUGAGUAAUAAUUUUGCACGGUAAAAAUGUAAUGACAUCCGCGUAUUUGUGUUGAAUCAUGAUGACUGGAGGAGAUACUUGACACAGGAAAAUAAACAUUUUUCUGCGAAGAUAAACACGAAAGGACGCGAAUUUUUACGAGAGAGCGUUAUAAAAAACAGUACAGCGUAGUCCAAUGAGAAAAUCAUAAAGAUGAAAAAGAGAUUAUUGUGGUGCGGUUUCGCUUUCGCCGUCGUGCUCCUCAUACUUAUGAUCUCGACCGAGAGCAACAUCAUCCAAAGGAUACCGUUCCUCGACGUGACGACAGUCAACGAUAUCAGAUGCUACAAUGAAGCCUCGACUGCGAAAAGCAUUCAUGAUUUCGAUGCGGAAACAAAUGACGACAAGCCAACGCCAGGUAGGAACAUCUUCUUCCAUGAGACUUCCUGUUUCGGCGAGGAGGGCCUCACGUUGAACCCCCGACAGGCCUGUGCCGUGGAGUCGGCGGCGCGGAUGAAUCCGUCGAUGACCGUGUACCUGCUAUUCGUCAGCAAGUCUGAGUUCUCGAACAGCACGCGCGAGAUCGUCAGGCAUCUCCACAAUUAUCCCAACGUCAGGAUCCGUCACAUCGACCCGCAGAGGUAUGUGAAGGAGACGCCCUUGGAGGCGUGGUACACCAGCGGCGUUCUGAAGAAGAGCCACUGGCCGGUCAGUCACAUGUCCGACAUGCUGCGCUACCUGACCCUGUGGAAGUACGGCGGUAUCUACCUCGACCUGGACGUGGUGGUCACCAGCUCGCUGGAGGAUCUGACGAAUUUUGCCGGCGCCGAGGACUGGGACGACGUCGCCGCCGGCGUCAUGGGCUUCGACAUGUCCAAGCUGGGCCGCCGCGUGGCCGAUGCCUGCGUGCGUGAUCUGAAGAAGAAUUUUCGCGGCGACGUCUGGGGUAACAACGGGCCCGGGGUCAUCACGAGGACGUUGCAGAAACUCUGCGCGACGAUGUAUGCGCGCGAUAUGACAACCGUACGUUGCCACGGCUUCACGGUAUAUCCACCGUCGGUUUUCUAUCCGAUUCACUAUAUAAAUUGGAACAAGUAUUUCGAGGUGAAAGACAGCAACGCAACUCUGAAGAUACUGAACAAGGCGAAGGUGAUUCACGUGUGGAACAAAUUGAGUAAGGCCGAAAAGGUGCGAGUGAAUAGCAAUGUACCGUAUGCCGUUAUCGCACGGAAUUAUUGUCCCUAUGUUUUCAAUAACUGCGGCAAAAUAUUUUUCCUAGACAUACAAAUGCUGAUACCAAGCAGAUGUAUAUUCUUUCACGAGACCACGUGUUCAUCGCCUAAUCUCACGCCUCGACAAGCAUGCGCCGUGGAAUCGGCGGCCAGAAACAAUCGCAAUUUGAAUGUCUUCCUACUUUACUUCGCAACGGGGCAGUUCCCGGAAAAGUCUAAGAAAUUCGUUGAAAUUUUAGAAACCUACGACAAUGUGUACAUAAGGAGAGUACGUUUGUCAACAUACGUUAUUAAUACGCCGAUAGAUUACUGGUUCUGGGUAAAUAUUCAUAGAUUUUGGGAGAAAGAGAUUUUGCACGAAUGGCUGCGUAAAGACUUCCACGAUUAUGUCCGGAUGUUGACACUGUGGAGAUUUGGCGGUGCGUCAUUGAAUUUGAACAGCGUGGUGCUGACAUCGUUAGAUGAGCUAACUACUUUCACGGGUGUGCAAAACAAUCGAGAUAUGAACGUCGGCGUAUUUGGCAUCGACACGAGCACGAAUUUUGGUAGAAAUUUUGCUGACAGUUGUAUGGAAAUUAUUAAAAGUAUCAGUGUGAACAGCUAUUCACAAUACAAUAUCACAAGAGUCAUAACCGAAGCCGUGUGGAAACUUUGUUAUCAACAAAACGACAAAGAAUGUCGGCAGUUUACGAUCUACCCACCGGAGAAAUUCUAUCCCAGGCUUCCCGAUUCGCAAGGGGUUCAUCACUCGAACAAAAUGCGGACGGAAGAGAUGCUGAAAAUCGGAAAAAACGCUAUGACGAUCCAUACGUGGAGUGACGACCGAAAAGAUGCCGAAACGGACGACAAUGUAGCGGCUUACGAAAUGGCGGCCAAACAAAAUUGCCCAAAAACAUACGAAUUCGCUGGAAAAAAUUUUUAAGCUCGCGGCCGACAUUAAUUAUAUGUGAUAUUAACUGAUAACACAAAAUGCAUGCAAAUGUAUUACAGAUCGGUGCAUGCAAACUGUAACUGAGUCUAAAGUUAUGUUUAUAACGCGAUCAAAGGCUGUAUACGAUCAUAUUAUAAGAAUACACGGAAAAUCGUUAGAUACCUUUCUAAAUCUUAA